CGGCAGCAUUGGCCGGAGCUCCGACCUCUUUUGCCAUGGCGCUGUCUCGCGCAGAGCGCUGCGUUGUGCUUGUGCUGCGCUUCCUCUCGGGAGCCCUCCUCGCGCUGCUCAGCCUAGCGUCGCGCGCCUCAGCCCUACGGUCCCCAUUGAGGGCGCCGGCGCCGUCGGCGGUUGCUGCUGCUUCUCCUGGCCCCAGCAGAGUCCGCGCCGUCCCGCCGCCGGAACACCCAUUGCUGUUGCUGUCCGCAGUGGAGCUGGCGCGGCGGAUUCGCCGCAGGGAGGUGAAAUGUAUUGAUGUUAUUGAAACAUACAUUGGGAGGAUCAAAGAAGUCAACCCGUUGAUCAAUGCGGUUGUAAAAGACAGGUUUGAGGCUGCCCUUCAGGAAGCUCAUCAAGUCGACCAGCUGCUCUUUGAGGGGCAAGAUGAUGAAGAGUCACUGAAGGAAAAGUUCCCCUUCUUGGGGGUCCCUAUCACCAUCAAAGAAGCCUUUGCUCUAUACGGGUUGCCCAAUGCCUCUGGACUGGUUAGCCGUCGUAACAUAAUCUCCACAUCUGAUGCUUCAGUAGUGUCACGGGUAAAGCAGGCUGGCACCAUCCCACUGGGUGUGACCAACUGCAGUGAGCUGUGCAUGUGGUUUGAGUCAAGCAACCGGGUUUAUGGCCGAACCAACAACCCAUAUGACCUAGAGCGCAUCGUAGGAGGCAGCUCAGGAGGAGAAGGCUGCAUCCUGGCAGCUGCUGGUUCUGUGAUCGGUGUGGGCUCUGAUAUUGGGGGCAGCAUCCGUAUGCCGGCUUUCUUCAAUGGCAUCUUUGGACACAAGCCCACCACUGGUGUGGUUCCCAAUGACGGCCAAUUCCCUAAUGCUGUGGGCAUUCGGACAAAGUUCCUGUGCACUGGCCCAAUGUGCCGUUUCGCAGAGGACCUGGAACCCCUGUUGAGGGUCAUGGCUGGGUCAGGCAUUACAAAGUUGAAGCUGGAUGAAAAAGUAUCUCUAAAGAAUGUGAAAUUCUACUCCAUGGAGCAUGACGGAGGUUCUGUCUUUGUUUCCCCAGUAGACAAAGAGCUUCUUGAGGCUCAUCGGAACGUGGUGAAGCACCUGGAGGCUGACCUGGGUGUUCAAGUUCAGCCUGUGAAUAUUCACAAAAUGAAGUAUUCCUUCCAGAUCUGGUCUGUCAUGAUGUCUUCCAAGGACAGUGAUGGGCAGCAAACGGAAACGUUCACAGAUCUUCUUGGGGAUCAUGGAAAGCCAGUGUGGCCAUCAUGGGAGCUGCUGAAGUGGAUGAUAGGGAUGUCUUCACACACCAUCCCAGCCAUUGCACUAGGAUUAACUGAGAAGGUGGUGAAAUACAGUCCCAAAGUGAACGCUAAGCUAGCAAGCAUGGCACAGAGUCUGCAGACUGAGAUGGUGAAUCUACUGGGAAGUGAUGGUGUCCUCUUAUAUCCUUCACACCCUGUAGUUGCUCCCAAGCACCACACUCCUCUGGGGAUGCCUUUCAAUUUUGCCUACACGGCCAUCUUCAACAUACUGGGCUUACCAGUGACCCAGUGCCCACUGGGCUUGAGCAAGGAAGGCCUCCCCUUGGGCAUCCAGGUGGUGGCAGGACCCUACAAUGACCACUUGACUCUGGCCAUGGCACUAUAUUUGGAGAAGGCAUUUGGAGGAUGGGUUCUCCCUGGUACAUCCUAGCGUGCGUUGCCUGAGUCCUGGUGAUAGCAGAAACACAAAGAGUGCCCCACCUGUAGCAGCAGGCAGCUGUAUCUGAUAUUGGAGGAGUUCUGAUGCCUGUCCCCCCUGCACGCACUUGCAACCCAAGGGGACUUAAUUGCCUCCCACAGGGCCAAAGUUGAUAGAGAGUCCAGCUGCACCUUUAGCUUUCUUCCUUUCUCAUUACAAAAUUACUUGAGAAAUUUAGGCAAUAGGGUGCUCUCUCCUUUCUCAGGGAAAUUGGGUUUUUUGGGGAGCGGGUGAGGGUUCUGACAGGACAAUCAUAUUGUGAGAUAUGGGAGAGGGUUUUCUGUCCUUGACUGUGGCGUUGGUAGUAUAGGGCUCCUGGUCCCCUACUUAACGUGGUUUUUCUUUGCUGCUUUCAAAGCCAGGCCAGGCCAAGGGCAUCUGUAAUUUUUAUCUGUGCUGGAGACUAGUUCCCCUACUUGAAAAUGUAUUUGGGAAAUUGGGGUCCCCCAGCUUCCCACAAUUUGCACAGAACACUGAGAACAAUGCUGGAGAAGAUGUUAUUGAAUCCUCACUAAGUUGGACUUGGGAGUUCCCAGCCAUGGCUCAUGGUGGAAGAAGCCAAGGACAGCCUUUUAAUCUCUUGGAAGGCACACCUUAGUAAAUCUAGGACUGUUCAAAUGAACAUGAUGGAACAUAUGAUGGAUCAAGUGUUUUCCCACACACAUUCCUCUUCUUAGCCUGUGGGGCCAUGUCUUGUGGAUGUGUGGUUCUAAAUCCUGCUUUGUAUGUCUAUUUUUCAUGAUGUUGAUAAAUCCAUACAUUACUCAAAGCAACUUUUGACUGGGUACACUGAAAAACAGUGUGUCGUUGGCCAGUUCUCAUGGACCAAACAAAAUGAAAUGUAUGCCAUUUGCACCAAAGAGAAUAUAAUGAUAUAGUACUUGA